CUAAAACAGAGUCGUCCACGUAGAAUCACGGAAUUGUUUGGGUUGGAAGGGAUCUCUGGAGAUCAUCCAGGCCAACCCCCUCCUGCCAAAGCAGGGUCACCUCGAGCAGGUGACACAGGAACGCGUCCAGCUGUCAUGGAGGAGUUGGUAGAGGAUGACAUCUGUAUUUUGAACCAUGAAAAAGCAGACAACUCUCACAAGAGAGACAGUGAUAUUCCUGUUUCAUCCUAUAGUGGAGAUGAGUCUGUUGCCUCACACUUUGCACUUGUCACUGCAUAUGAAGAUAUCAAGAAACGACUAAAGGAGACAGAGAGGGAGAACUCCCUCUUAAAAAAAAGAGUGAGAAUUCUAGAAGAGAAGCUGCUUGGCUCCCGGCGGGAAGAGGAAUGCAGCUCAGUUGGGCGUGAACAAGUAAAUAAGGCAUACCAAGCCUAUCGAGAGGCCUGCAUCGACAGAGAUAACUUGAAAAGCAAGCUGGAAAAAAUGGUGAAAGAAAGUGAGGAAUCCUUGAAAACCUUGAACGAACAGUUGCAGUCUAAAGAAGUAGAGCUGUUACAACUGAAAACUGAAGUGGAAACGCAACAAGUGAUGAAAAGUUUGAAUUGUACUCAGGCCAACUGGGAAUUAGAGAAGCUAAACUGUGACCUUAAAGUUCAUAGUUUGGAACAGGAUCUAGAAAAACUCAAGGAAGAGUGCAACAGUCUCAGGAAGGAGUUGCAAAAAUCCAAGCAGAAGGACCAGGCUCAAGAUGAAAAUCCACUGAGUGGAGAUCACCUUCAAAGGCAAGGUAUCCACAGUGUGCAACAAGCAUAUUGGGAACUGAAGAGAGAAAUGUCUAAUUUGCGCCGAGUGACUGAUGUGCAAGCCGAGGUUCUACGAAAACUGAAAAGGAAUCCAACAGCAACCAAUAAAGCUGCCCCUACUGCACCAGUACAAUGUGUUGAAUCGAACAUUUCAAAGCUGAAUUUGACAUCUGGGGUAGUCUAUAAAAACCUCUCACAGAACAAUAAAGACUUCUGCAAUGCUGCGUCUCCCCCUCUGCUGAGAGAUGUCAACAUCCCAUCGGAAAGGGUGACACAAGCAUGGGCAGAUGAGAGACCCAUUCCAGUUGAUGGCAAAACGUUUCAGGAACACCAUUCUUACGGAAAGAGCUCUCUGGAAGAUAAUUCCUGGGUAUUCCCAAGUCCUCCAAAGCCUAAUGAGAAUAUGUUUUGGGAAAUUAAAAAUAACCCAACUUUGUUAAACUGUCCAGCAGAUUACCUGGAUCAGUGUAAUCAAAACUGUCUGCACAAGAGUUAAACAAUUUUUGGAAUGAUUCUGAAUAGGCACCUUAACGCUUGAACUUUAUAAGACAGAAGAGAAAUUGCUUGAAAUGUUCUUUCUUUAUUUUUAAUUCUAGUUCUGAAACAGAAGCCUAGUCUUCCUCUGCUGUUAAUCAGGAGUAAGUUCCUUGAUGUUAAAGCUGUGCUGGUAUAAUGCAAAAAUAAAGAAAUCUAGCAUGGGGCCUAGAUAGUCUUGUACUGCAGAUGACAUACAUUUGCAAAAGGUUACACUGAAAAGUGAGUUGAUGGAAUAAAACAAAAUAAUUCA